UGUCAUCAGCGUUGUGCGGUCGUGCACAUACAAGCCUGUUAUUAGUAUGUUCCAUAUAUUGAUCCGAGAUGUUCCUGUGGUGCUGAAUUAUGCAUCACCGUGUAUAUGUGAUUGCGGCUGCACGCGUAUAUAAGCAUGUCACAAGCAUCGACCCUAACUUGUCAUUCAGAGUUUUACAAUCCCAGAUAAGUGUACAUUUUACAGGGCGCGAUUUGGGAGAUACAAAUAAGGAAGAAUGGAGUCAUCACACAAGCUUUUCCAGGCCAUUGCCAUCCUCCUCCUGCUCCUCGUCGCCACCGAGGUGGUGCCAGCGCAGGCACGAGAGUGUGAGACAGAGAGCGAGCGGUUCAACGGGCUGUGCUUCGUGUCCGCAAACUGCGCCGGUGUGUGCGGUGCGGAGGGGUUCACCGGCGGCAAGUGCUCCGGCUUGAAGAGGAGCUGCAUGUGCACGAAGGAGUGCUAGAAGAUAUCAUGAUAUAUUUAGGUGGUUGGAUGGUGAUAAUUAUGAACUUAUUCUUCACAUGGUUUGAAUUACCUUUGUUCGUAUGUCUGAUAAAGUUCCAGGUUCACCGCGGCGUUAUCCUUGGGUUCGAAUGAAGGAACAUGUUUUGUUUCUUUAAAGCAAAGAAAAUGUGUGGCCCAUGAGAGUGCUCAUGGGAUCACAUGUAUCUCCUUUUUUUCUGUAUUUUUCUCUU